CUAUAUCGUCGGUUGCCGUGAAGAUGUAAUUGUCUCUUCACGAUACAUUCCAGUUGGGAUGAGGGAUGCUAGGGAAAUGGUUGUCAUCGCGGGAUAAUGAUGCUCCAGAGGGUUUCAUCGUCAACAUGGGGAAGGAAAGGCGGUGGCGAGGCCAGUUUAUAAGGUGAUGCCAGCUGGAACGAAAAUAGAACAAGACAGUUAUUUCACAGAGCAAUGGGCUUUCGAAGGAUUCUGCACUGGUGAAGAUAUUUGGCUGCCAAGUCUUUCCUCAGUAGUUCAUGAUCUUGGCUGUCACUGACUGCAGAACGUGAGCCUGGCCGACAGCCUCACAACAAUGUGUGCAUGGUAAACCUAUUUGUACAAGCUGCAGCUGUAAUUCUUGAAAGGUUAUCUCCUUUGGAUUUUGCUGACCCAUUCAGUCAAGGACAGACAGGAGAAGACAUUUGAAUUCUGACUUCUGAAAGGGAAAUUGAACAAAAAGCAUUGUCAAGAUGUUUUCCGCACUAAAGAAACUUGUUGGCUCGGAGGGAGGGCAACUGAGGGAUAAAAACAUCCCGGCCGGCCUGCAGUCAAUGAACCAGAGUCUACAGAGGCGCUUCGCCAAGGGCGUGCAGUACAACAUGAAGAUCGUCAUCCGUGGGGACCGGAACACUGGCAAGAGUGCUUUAUGGCACCGACUGCAAGGGAAGAAGUUUGUAGAGGAGUAUUUACCCACCCAGGAAAUCCAGGUCACCAGCAUACACUGGAACUACAAAACUACAGACGACGUGGUGAAGGUUGAGGUGUGGGACGUAGUGGACAAAGCGGGGAAAGGCAAAAAGCGAGGAGACAACCUGAAAUUGGAGAACGAGCCUCAGGAGUCGGAGACGGAGAUGGCUCUGGAUGCCGAGUUCCUGGAUGUUUAUAAGAACUGUAACGGGGUGAUCAUGAUGUUCGACAUCACAAAGCAGUGGACUUUCAAUUACAUCAUGAGAGAGCUGCCCAAGGUGCCCAUGCAUGUGCCCGUGUGCGUGCUAGGCAACCAGCGUGACAUGGGCGAGCACCGGGUCAUCCUGCCCGACGACACACGAGAAUUCAUCUCCAACCUCAAAAGGCCUCGGGGCUCCUCGUACGUCCACUACGCAGAGUCGUCCAUGAAGAACGGCUUCGGGCUGAAGUACCUGCACCGCUUCUUCAACAUCCCCUUCCUGCAGCUACAGAGAGAGACUCUCCUGAGGCAGCUGGAGACAAACCAACUUGAUAUUGACGCCACUCUGGAGGAGCUCAACGUCCAACAGGAGACCGAGGAUCAGAACUAUGAAAUAUUUAUGGAUAUGAUGGAGACUCGUGGUAAGGGCUUCAACUCCCCGGGCCCCUCCAACGGCCAGAGCCCGUCCUCAGGCUCCCAGUCCCCCGUGGUGCCCGCGGGCGCCGCGUCCCCCAGCAUCCCCAGCCCCAGCACCCCUCAGGCUCCCUUCCCUCCCCAGACGCAGCCGCUGCCAGUGCCCCACCCGGCCGCACCCCACGCCCCUCCGCGGCCCGUGGCUCAGCCUGCCCCUCAUGCGCAGACGGCACCGCCACCUCCAGCACGGCCCGCAGAGCCUCCUCCUCCGGUCGCCCAGUCCCCCCCCAACGCUGCUGCUGGGGCUCUACCCCAGAAAAGAGGCUUCAUGUCCCGCCUGUUUGGGGGCUCGGCAGAACAGACCCCAGACAGACCAGAGUCUGGGGGCUCAGGCACUCCGCAGUCCUCUGGCAAAGUGCAGAGCGUGGACGACUUUGUGCCAGAGCUGGGCUUGGACAAGAGCUUCCUGGAGGACAGCGGCGCCAGCGCUGCCAGGGCCAAGGAGAAAGCCCGACGUGCCGCUCUGGACAGCGACAGUGACGGGGAGGGCAGAGGAGGCAACCCCUUAGUGUCGGGUUUCCAAGACGACCUGGACCCUGACGACAGAGUGGUGGCAGCGCUGCCGUUACCGCCGGCGGCGGCCCCGAGCCUGGACAUCACGCUGACCAGUGAUGAGGAGGAGGAGGAGGAGGAGGUGAUGAAGCCCUCCACUGCCGCAGCCACCUAUCAGGACAAAAAGGGCCCAUCCACGGGAGGGGACCUGAAGGGAUUUUCCAUGAACUCCAUGUUGAAGGCCCAGCCAGCUAAGACCAAAGCGGCUGAGAGGCCAGCCACUCUAAAGACCAAGGCCGCCUCGCCCACGCCGCAGCGGCACAGUAAGAAGACAGGGGGCGCUGUGGAGGCCGGGUCCUCCGACUCAGAACACGGCGGCGGUCCUGUUGCCAAGCAGAUGCUCUCGUUUGUCAUGGACGACCCCGACUUUGACAGUGACGACCUGGAGACCACAAAGGUCAAAAAGGAGUCUUUCCCAGCGCGCGAUGACCUUUCUGACAGGUCAGAUGACUGCUUUGGCCUGACAGGACUCCCUGAGCCGCUUAAAGCCGGCGCGCCGUCCUUCAAGAGCCAGACCAGUGACAUUGACCUGUUCGGCCUGGGUUUCAACGAGACGCCGUCCAAGAGCAAAGACAGCAGCGAGGACCAGGAAGACAACGAAAGCAGACACUCCACAAAAGAGAAGAAGAAAAAGAAGAAGAAGAGCAAAGAGGAGGAGGAGAAGAGCAGCAAGAAACGACACAAACACAAGAAGAAAGAGAAGGAGGACUCCGGAUCGGGUGACGAGAAGGAGAAGGAGAAGGAAAAGAAGAAGAAGAAGUCAAAGACCAAGAAGACGUCCAACGUGGACGACCUGGAGUCCUUCCUGGCCGGAGGGGACGGGCCUAUCAGGAGCGGGGGUGGAGACUAUGAGGAGAUCUAGAACUCUUAAGUGUCCAAUCAGGGUUUUGUUUUUGUUUUUGCAUCAGCGGUGUGGUCUUGGCCCAUCUGUUGGACUUUCAUUGCGUCGGAUUCAUUUCACCUUACCUGAUUUUGUGGUGCCUACAUUUUUGAUUAUUGUUUUUCGAGUCAAUAAUGUCCAUGUCUCUCCUUCAUCACAUCGCAUCUAGCCUCCCAGGUAGAGGUCUAGGGGCCCGUAAUCUUGAAAUCAAUUUGAACCCAUCUUCUCACUAGUAAAUCCUUCCCACAUAUAAUUUAACCAAUUUCAAUUUUCGAAGGAAAAAGGCAAAUUAGAUCUCCAAUAGUGAUUCAACCUCCAAGUUUUGCUUUUAGUUAAAGCACACCAACUUCAGCAUCAU